AUGUCCGCCCCCAACCCCAAGGCUUUCCCUCUGGCCGACGCCGCCCUCACCAACCAGAUCCUCGAUCUGAUCCAGCAGGCUUCCCACUACAAGCAGCUCAAGAAGGGUGCAAACGAGGCCACAAAGACCCUCAACCGCGGCAUCUGCGAGUUCAUCGUCAUGGCCGCCGACGUCGAGCCCAUCGAGAUUGUCCUCCACCUGCCCCUCCUCUGCGAGGACAAGAACGUCCCCUACGUCUUUGUCCCCAGCAAGACGGCCCUCGGUCGUGCCUGCGGCGUCAGCCGCCCCGUUGUCAGCGCCAGCGUCACCACCAACGAGGCUCGUGAGCUUCAGAGCCAGAUUCAGACGGUCAAGCUCGCUAUCGAGCGUCUUCUGAUUUAG